AUGGAGGUUGAGAAACGAGGUUCAAAGGGAGGGUUUCUUCAGUUGUUUGAUUGGAAUGCCAAAUCUUGCAGGAAGCUUUUCUCAAACAAGUCUGAAUUACCUGAAGGUUCGAAACAUGGAAAAGAAAACUUUGAUAGUUUGGGCAUCUCCCGGCUUCAACAGGUUCACGAAAAUGGGCUUGGUUUAACUAUCAAAGGAAGUAGUGAUUAUAGAUGUGCUUCAUCUGUAUGUGGUGAUGAAGGGUGUGGAGCGAGAGCACCAGGGGUGGUUGCUAGACUUAUGGGACUGGAUUCUUUGCCAAGUUCAAAUGUUUCUGAGUCCUCUUUUGCUCCAUUUUUUGACUCUGGCUCUUUUAGGGGUUCUCUUACAGCAAAAGUAACAACUGAUUUUCGGAGUGAACAUCACAUCGUAGAUUAUGGAAACAUAAGAGAUAAAUUAGAUGGAUUCUCUAGGAAUCCCGUGGAAUUGCAGCUGCAGAAGUUGCAGAACCGACCUAUUGAAAGGUUUCAGACUGAAAUAUUGCCUCCAAAAUCAGCUAAAUCCAUUCCAAUUACUCACCAUAAGCUGUUGUCUCCUAUUAAGAGUCCUGGAUUCAUCCCAACAAAAAAUGCGGCCUACAUAAUGGAGGCAGCUGCCAAAAUAAUUGAGCAGAGUCCUCGAUCAACUAUCAAUGGCAAGUUUCCAUCCUUUAGGUCUUCCUCAGUUCCCUUGAAAAUUCGGGAUCUCAAAGAGAAGAUCGAGGCUGCACAAAAAACAUCCAGGCUUCCUGAAGCAUCUCAAAGACCCAAAGAGCACAGAUCUGUCAAGUAUAUGAAAAGACAUCCUAGUGAUAGUAGCUGUAGUGGAUCAGAAGGUAAAAAACUGACCAAGGCUUCUGUAGUAUCAGAAAGAGGUAGUUCUGCAAGUUUGAAGAAAAAGGGGAAACCAGUUUCACUUGCAGUUCAAGCAAAGGUCAAUGUUCAGAGAAGAGAUGGAUUGAAUUAUAAAGGUCAUAGGAGUUCUGUGAACCAAAAGGAAGAUAAGGAGGUUAAGUCAGGCCACGAUGGCAACAACCAGCCAUAUAUGCAACAGAGUAUGCGGAAAAAAGCUUCCAUAGGCAGGAGUUCUGAUGUGCUCAGGCAGAAUAACCAGAAGCAGAACUGUGCAUCCAAUAAAGGCAGGGUAAGUUCAAAACCAUCAGUUCCCCGCCAUGAAGACAUAAAAACUCUGUCCAUGAAUUGUUCGUCUAGGUCAACUGAGACAGUGAAUGAGGUAGUUGUAGACGCUGUGGUUGUGCCUAGAAAGAUGAAUUUAGUGACGGCUGACACUAUCAAGGAAUUGUCAUCGUCAAAAACAAGAAGUUAUUCUGGAAAGAAACGCCCUAUCAUUGGGGAUAUUCAGUUUGAUGACUGUGCGGUUGACACAGUGCAGGUGAACAAAAAUGAAAGGCCUGUAAAAUGUAAUGUUACGAUGGAUGGGGGCACACAGUGGGAUCCAAUUGCCGCAAAAAAGGGCUCAGAUGUUGUAUCGUUUACGUUCACAUCUCCUAUCAAAAAAUCAGUUCCUGGACCCCAAGCAUCUGGUCAGGUCACAGGAAAGAAUAAGAACCUAUGCCUCAGCUAUUAUGACAAUCAAUCUGACUCAAAAAGUUCAACUUUGUCUUCUUUGGGGUUGAAUGUGAUUGGUGGUGAUGCUCUGAGUGUGCUUUUGGAGCAGAAGCUCAAGGAAUUAGCAUGUAGAGUUGAGUCAUCCCAUUAUGACCUGCUCAAAGAAGGGUCUGCUUCAAGUGCUACCUCUAGUUAUCAAGAUUCAGUGUCAACUCCCAGUGUCGCAAACACCAUGCCAAUGGAACAUGACAAGAGGUAUCAGCUUCGUCUACAUGAGGACAAACCAGACAUUCAAGAUGACUUCGAUUGCUCUUUGGUUGAUGAACUGCAAGUCAAAGCAAAACAAAAGUGGCUGGUAUGUCUCCAUUUAUUAUACUUCUCAACUUCGAUUACUGUUCUUUCAUACAUGGCAUUUUCCUAUGCUGAGUAA